AUUGUCUAUAUUUGUUUUCUAAUAUUAGGAGAAGGAUACAACAUCACAUAUACAGACUGCGAUCCAACUGCCCAUGGUGAAGUGGUUGAUAUUAGAAGCGCAUGUGCCUCCAUGCAAACAUUGACGUUAGAAGGCUGUGAGAUAUACACUAACUGCGAACCGUGUUACAUGUGUACUGCUGUCAUCUUGUUAACGGGGAUACAACGUGUGUACUACGCUGCUACCCAUGAAGAACUACAACAACAUAUGCACUUAUCCAGCAAAAAACGCUUUGAAAUUCUAAUACAUCCACGACCUGAAGAAUACUACAAUAUGAGAGAGCAUGUCGAAGACAGAAAAGUUUACGAGAUAUUUGAAAAAUGGUCAUCUAAACAACUGAAAGCUUAA